GAACAUGUACACCACUCCCCUGUGGCCUACAUUGCCAUGUCAUAAUACUUCGUUAUACAGUUACAUGUGUAGUAUUGGCAGUGACAUCAGCAAAUAAAGAUGUCACCUGUGGGGUCAGGGAGGCACAAAGCCUCGGAGUCUCGCAGGACAAACUCGCCUUGGAUCAGUUCCCUAGAGUUGAGUUUCUGAGGAGGUUGCAAUGGGCUGGAGUGGUAGAGAAACUUGUGUCAUGGGUCCUUGUGAGCAAAGAGCUUCGUCGACAAAGUUCGUGUAUUGCCUGGAGAAAUGUUAGCAACCUCUCUCUCUCUACAUAUAUAUAUAUAUAAUAAAUCAUGAGUAACCAUUAGUCUGACAACCAUGAGUUCUACAAAUGGAAUGGUUCCUGCAAUCAUCAGUGAAGACUCCUCAUCACUAUCUGAUCAAUCGCAAGAUGGGUCUUCGAUGUCAGGGUCUUUGGAACCAUCGUUAGAAACUGAGGGAGACAUUCUCAGCAGGCAGCAAAACGUCCCACCGCUUGUGAUUAUCAAUGAAAGUGACUCCACAUCUUCAUCUGAUCCACUUCAUCGGGGUAGAGAGAGGCCAGAGUCUUCGGCUUUAUCGUCAGAAGCUAAAGACAGUACACAGAAAGACAAUACCUUGCUUUUCACUGAUAAUGGAACCAGUGUAAUUCCUUCACCCGCGAAGAAGAAAGCAAAGAGGGAAGAGAGUGAUGAUAAAAAAUAUAAAAGAAAGCCUGUGCCAAAGCGGAGUGAACGGAAACAAAAAGACGUCGGUGAUAAAGGUAAUUCCAAUGAAAAGGACAAAGAGACAAGCACCGAUGAGACGAUUUAUCCGAAGGACACGAGCUCCAGUAACCCCAGGUCAGUGGACGACUCGAACCCCUGCACAUUACAACCUUCUUGUGGCAAAGUCUUGGGUCGCUACCUGCAUGUCGACAGCUUGCAGGUAUCAGAUGGAGGCACAGGAAUGUACCUGCUUGGAUCCCUAGUGAGGGGCACAGGAAGCGUGGACUAUGGCGAUAUGAGCAUACAGGAGAUGGUCCAUGGACUGACUCGCCCCGACUGGCACACACACCAUGCUGCCCUCCGAGCAUCGCUGCUCCUGGACAGACUUCCAACGGCCCUGAAGACACUAAACAUGGCCGAGGCCGCUGAGUGUUUGAUGGCCUGCGAUCCAGAUGUUCAAGAUCGAGCUGUCUCUUGUCUGGAACACAUACUUCUUGAAAACAGACAUGGAAAUAAGUCCACAGAAAGCUUGAUAAGGGUGAUGAAUACCACCACUUCAAUCCUAUUCUCUGACUGUGGCAACACUUCACAUCUACUGCGCCUUGUCUACUUGUUUCUUCUAGCAGCAUGCCAGCUUCUUCAAACAUGUCGCCGCCUCUCCGAUAUCCAGCGAAGCAUGACUUUAGUUAAAGAGAAUUUUUCCAGUUCUGUGGAAGGCUUGGCGGGUAGGAAAAAGCAGUCCAAAGAACUGGAGAGUGCCCAACACAUAUGUGAGGCCUUGAUUGAAGCCGGAAUAUCCAUGGAUUCUCUCCAGAAGGAGCAAUGGUUGUGUGUUGUGGAGGGCGAUGCUUUUGCAACCUGCAAAGUCACAGACAAAGAACUGAAACAGUUCAGUCUCGCCAGUCUGUUUGUGCGCUUGUACUCGCGUGUCUUGGAGAUGAUCAAGCUGGGGUGGAGUCCCAUGAUUGCAAAGCUUGUCCAGGAAGUGAACAGUGUACACCGGGAAGUCUGCAGACGAAAAAUGAAGGAACAUAUUCAGUUAAUAUUUGAGAUAUUCAGCCUACGGUGUCUGACAUGGGUUCUGUCUACAAAACUUAAUAAAGAUGUUGAGGAAGUUCAAGGGAGAACUUCAGAUUCGCCCUCGAAGUUGGUUGCCCUUGUGAGACAAAUAGUCUUUUACUCUCGCAGUAAGGACAAGCUAAUGAGUGAGGUGCGAGGGCUAUUAUUUCAUCCUUGUGUCAAAGUUCGUGAAGCCAUGGUGGACUUAAUGACUCAGUGCGACCAAGAACUGUCAGAUGCUUUUCUCAAGUACAUCGACACCAGGCUGCGGCUGGCAGGAAUCCGAGUGUGUUGUGGCUUUGACCUCUCCUCGGACGACAAAAUUAAACAGAGUCGGAAGAAAGAUUGUGAGUGGCUCGACAUGAAAUGCUUGGGCAAUUAUGGAGAAAAACUCAAAGUAACUGUUCAUGUUCCGAAGAAGUCCUGCUUGGGACGCAAUGCUUUUUACAAGUGUAAAGAACAACAUCAACGCAGCCGACAACACGAACAGAAUCUUGACAUGCUUCUAAAUCUGAAUCCGCAUCCAAAUAUUAUUUCUCUUCAGGCUUUUCAGUUUUCGUCAUGGCCAUAUUUCUACAUCACAGAGGAUGCCAGCGAGCUCAGACUGCUCCACCUCCUUCUGGACAAAAGAAAGUUGCAUCAAUGGUUGCCUAGCAACAUAUUGUGCCAAGCUGCCCUCGAUGUCGUUUCAGCAUUAGACUUUCUCGAUGGACAUCGAACUAUCUUGCGAGACAUCACGACCUUCAACAUGACAUACCAAGUGCUGGAGGGGACGAACCAAAAUGGAGGUGACAUCACAUCCAUCAAAGUCAAGAUAGCAGAUCUGGGAUUGGCGAAACAGUUAUCGUGCUCGGAAAAUAGUUACGAGAACCCGGAUGUCGGAAGGAUCUUCGAUGCAGGACCAGUUCCUACUCGGUGGACAUCGGUGGAGGCCCUGUGCUAUGGACAGUUCUCUUCAAAGUCAAUGAUUUAUGCUUUGGGCUAUGUGUUAUACGAGCUGUUUACACAUGGCUGUCAGCCCUUCUCUGAGAUGCAAGGAAGAUCUGUUGAAGACAUUCUCACAUUGGCGGUUAUGGUACCAGGGUGCACUCCACCCUUCAAGUGGGCUUGCUUCCCUCCAGACAUUUUCGACCUCAUACGUAGCUGUACGGCACGUGCGACAGAAGAAAGACCAUCCCUUCCUCAGAUUAAACGCAAACUACACGAAUUUUUGCAAGGUCCCACCUUCAGCGAAGCAAAAGUUGAGGUUCCUAGCCCUACGAGAAUGUGGAAAAGAGGCCAGGAAUAUCCUUUGUUGGACACAGAGCAGAUCAAGAGAAACCACGUUCCAGAAAGAGGCAUUCCAAAAUUUAUUAAAGAUCUAGUAAAUGGACAAACAAAAUACAAGAACUUGAUGCCCGACUACUGGGCAUCACAGAAAAGCAACAAAGUGAAUGAAGAGCUUUAUUCAUCAGAUCCUAUCACCAUCAGGACACAAGAGGGUGGGUCGACAAGUGUGCAAGAAGUCCUGAUGCCAGGUUUCGUGGAACAUUUUCUACCAGUCUUACAAACGUCUGGCUUGGAAAGUGUCGUCUGCUGGACUUCACCCAGACUCCACAUACAGUCUGACCACGCAGUUCAGGAGAGGCAGUACGAGUCUGCAGUGAAGCUGGCUGAUGGUGCUCGCCUGCAUCAACUCCCGCCCCCUGGUGAUGGAGAGAAGGACAUCAAUGUUCACACGUGCCUGGCUGUCGCCCAGUGUGUCUGUCAGCUGCACCAAGAAAACUGGCUUUACAGAGACCUUAAGGCUUCAAAUAUUCUCAUCACUCAAGAAACCGGCAAGGUCAUUCUCGCCAGAAUCGGGCGGAUGGUUCACUUGGGGGAAGGAGAGUUCAUCAGAGAGCAGGAGAUGGUCUUCACGGACAGCCUGCGUUGGCUUUCUCCAGAAGCUUUGCACUUAAACAUGUACACUAAGGAGAACGACAUUUUCAUGCUGGGCACCAUCUUUUGGGAGAUGUACAACAUCCACCAGGUUUGCUCUAGAAACCCUGUGGCAACAGAAAAAGACUUGGUUCCCUUUCCUGAUAAAACAAAGAAAGAGGUGAUGCAGUUAAUACAAGAAGGGGUUCAGCUACCCAAAGUACCAGACAUGCCUGAGUGGCUUUACGAACUUAUCAAUGACUGCAGGCACCCUGAUAAAGAAAAAAGGCCCACAAUAUCUGUGGUCAUCACUCGACUGACCCCGCAAUGUCCACCGAUGUCUGACGAUGAGAAAAUCAUGUUCUAUAACUACGGUGUCACUGAAGCUCCUCCGUCCUCCUUUGGGAAACGUUUGGGUUCCUUCUGGCGACAGACACUGAGGCGCAAAACUGUGAAGAGAAGUGUUAGCAAGACACCUGACAAUACUCAUCAUUCUUACCUCAAUUAUUCACGGAAUGAAUACGAAAAUAUUGAUGGUUACUAUUCUGGAGAGUCGGAGAGUGUGCAGACCUCAGCUAGAACUGAGAAAGACACCGACUUUGACCACAUAGACGAGGAUGUCGCCAAUGAGAGGCAUUUACAUUUUCCUGCCUUCCUCAAAAGGAAACUCACAGAACACACGAAACCACUUCGUUCUCUUUGCAAGGCUUUCUUGACCAAAAGAAAAAGAAGGUUGAAGACUAAGGAUGAAAUCAUCGAAGAGAUAGACAAAGAGGAGGUCAAGCCACACGAAUAUGAUGAACCAGAAUCAAUUGCAUAUUUUUCAUCUGAGUAUGACCCAAACAACUCAGUUCCGAAAACGCUUUCUAUGAAGGACCAACAUAAACCUUUGGCAAGCACAGUCAGAGAGGUUGUUUUCCGACAAAAAAUGCCUGUGCCUCCUCUUCCAUCCUCGGUCAUCAAACAUCGCAACAAUGAUGAACUGUCUGUUCCACCUACAUCGCAAUCUUUUUAUAAGAACAUUUUCAGUAACGGAAAUUACACGAACUGCCUAAUGCAAUAUUCUCAGCCAUAUGAAGUCAGACAGAACCAUAAAGUGAGUUCUUGGGGAGAUGAAGUAUCUUCUCUGCAUAUCAAGCACAAGGGAGAAAGAAAACCUGAACCAGACGAACCUGAAUAUGAAGAGUGUGAGGUCAGUAACGGCAAUAUUUCACCUGUGUCACCUGGCGCCGCCUCUGAUGACAGUCCUGGCGCUGCUGACGAUGCGAAACAGCAGGAGGAGGUCACCAGGCGGCAGGUCACGUGUCCUGGAAGGAAUUUCUAUCUGACGCCUAUUCCGGAAGUCCUGCUACACAACGAAGUUUCAAUGACGCCCUCUCAUUCGCCACCAGCCCACAAUAUCCCGAGUACAACAAACCUUGAACAAACCGAAACGGACACAGAAUCUGAAAACUAUAUUGACUGCGCAAGUAAAAGACUGUAACCUUUGACCUGCAUGUGUAGCAGAAAACAAUGAACAAAGGUAGGAGAGGACUGUGCACUGAAGUAGAAGUGGGAGAUGAUGUCACUUCCUUGCAGGACAUAACUACCACAUUCAAAGUCUAGACUAAAAAUAACCACGUGUCCACACCCAAAAAACCCUUAGAUAAUUCUACAGACCUUUUGUACAAGCUUGUGGAGAGUGCUUAUGCAAGGGAGACGACAACACCGAGCACUGGUGUGGCAGUUGCCUUUCACGUAUGAAGGUCAUCUAGUGCAAAGAAACCGUUGUCACAGAGAGAUACCAUCCGAGGACAUAAUACACCUGGCCGGACAAGGAGACCAUCGUCCCACAAUUCUUCUCCUUAGAGUUAGUCACUGGUUACUAGGAUGUGGUCUUCUGUUCGCGCUGGCUUAUAGAGAUUGGCUAAAAGAUGCUAGUGGUGUGUAAAUAUAAUGUGUAGGUAAAGGAACAACUACUUCUCGAGCUUCUCGAAACAUCUUCAGUUAGAACAAAGCCCUUGGUCAGCAGUUCUUCAGCAGGUGGACACAGCAACGUAAAUGAAUAAUAAUAAUAAAAGGGCAAGGGACAGUACUCUAUCCUGCUGUCCUUUGCUUCUGCCCUCACUAUACACCCGGUACUUUCCCUGGAACUGAAGGCUGCACCCUUCCUGCUCCCCGUGUUCAGCAUGCAGACAGAAAAGAAGGUUUAUGGGACUAGAUAACGGGACAUCAGCUCGUACACUCUGUUCCUGUCUAUUUGUGCUGUAGACUGUUGUAGACUGACUGAAGUUUGAUAAAAUAACAACCAUCCGCUCCACUGUUAUAAAAGCUGAUGGUAGUCUAAAGACCUGACAAUCUGUUACAGGACUUACUUUUUCAAGUGUUGAGGGCUUGAGGCAGUAGGGUAAUAAUUUUAUUCUUGCCUGUUCUAUUGAAACUAGUGCAUGCCGAACCUUUAGGUUUUCUACACAUGCGCACAACAAAGGCACAACAGGCUGGGGCUGUGAUCACAUCGCCAAGUGUAUGGCAGAGCGAUAAGGCCAUCAACAUUUAUGUGCACCCACCGGCUGGUGGUGGUCGUGUAUGUGGUGGUGGUAGUGGUAGUCGUAGGGGGAUACUUUACUGCUGACUACAAUGUCUUAUAUCCCAGGUAUGCUCGAGGUUAUGUCUGAAAGGCCCCCGACUUUUACAAGCUGUAGCUAUGACUAGGUGAACCGUUUACAUUUAUGGAUCCUACUGGAAGGUCUUGGGAAUGUUUAACAUUUUGAAACUAUCUGCUAAAUCAGAAAAGCCCAUUUAUAUAUAAUAAUAAUAAUAAUAAUAAUAAUAAUAAUAAUAAUAAUACUUAAUGUAAAUGUUUUAUGCACACAUAUGAAGCCAUUCGAACCUGUUUACAUUUGAUUCCUAACAAAAGUAUUACUAUGAAUAAUUUUAUACAACAAUCUAACUUGUCUAGAGGACUAUCUGCUCGAGCUUGUGAAUCGUCAAAGAUAUUAUAUGGGAAUGACAAUAUUAUUUUCUUCCGAGUGGAUAUUUAUCAACUGUCGAAUAUUUUGUUUCACUAGAAAGUCGUUAAAUUCUCGUCCUCCUAGUUGUUUUUAUUAUCUGUAGAUACUAUCAUUUAUUAAUAUCAUGGAGGAAGAGGGGAUCUUCAUAACCUGCUGAGGGACUCUGUGUAAGUGCGUACGUGCGUGUGUGCCAAUGUUUAGAGAUAUAAUGUCUAGUGCAAGCAGGUUCAAUGUCGCCAUAAUAACUAGAUUGUUUAGCCUCUGAAGUGGCAAUAAAAAGAAUAUUUCCAGGCCGCGGUGUUUCUAACAAAUAAAUUGUUUUCGAACAAGCAAUUGUGUCAAGGCAGUAUGGGGUACUUGAUGUGAGUGGCUUGGGGAGGGCAACAGGAAAUGACUUGCCAGCACCAGGGUUCGAGUCCGUGGGAUUAACCCUAAUCUCUGUAAGCUGCUGAACACCGAACAAGGUCGUUGUACGAGGACCAGUCUGCAGGUUCACAGUCGAAAUGUAACAAAUAUUUUAAGAUGACUUCUUUAUUUACUUUCUUUCUAUUUGCAGUCUCGGGUUGCUAACACACAACUGUAUUUUAUAUCCCACUUAAAUAUGUCAUGCUAAGAUUUGUCUUGGUCUCUCAGGUCUGCAAUGGCCAGUGGAAGUUAUUUAUUUAAUAAUUUCUUUAUUUCAAGUAAUAUUCCUUGCCAAGAAUGUGGUCCAUUGUCCAGUUACAGAAAAUAACUGCUCAUAAAAGGUACAAAUAUUGUUAACUUAUUAAUGUCAUAUUUCUUGUUUCUUUGUGUGA